CUCCGGUUGAGUGUCGGUUCCGCGUUACCGAGCGCUUUAUAACCCCCAACUAUUUGGCUUUAUUUGUGUGAUCUCUUUAACCCCGCCACUGCCAGCCUCUCGGGACUUCAUGUCUGUAUUUUAUCCCAUUCACUGCACUGAUUACUUGCGAUCAGCUGAAAUGACCGAAGUAAUAAUGAGCGCGCAGCCCAUGGAUGAGAUCGGACUGAGCCCCCGCAAGGACUCCUAUCAGAUUUUCCCAGAUCCCUCAGAUUUCGAUCGCUGCUGCAAGCUGAAGGACCGGCUGCCCUCCAUUGUGGUCGAACCCACGGAAGGCGAUGUCGAGAGCGGAGAGUUAAGGUGGCCACCAGAGGAGUUCCUGGUGGAGGACGAAAAAGACGACCGCGACGAGACAAAGAAUGAAAAGCAGGAGCAGUAACUGAACCGGCGUCACCGUAACUGAAUCUUAUUUUGUCGGAGGACGCGCCCGCCAACGGCUUGACUGUGAAUCCGUUAGAGGUUUUAUGUUAAAGACGACAAAUUCCAAGGUGCACCUGUGGGACUUCUUGUUUCUUGUGAGAAUACCGCCUUCGAUGUGAUCAAAAUCAGGAAGUCUCGAAGAAAUAUUUUCGCUUUUUUUUUUCUCGUUCGUUCUCUCCAAUAUUCAGAGAUUGCUAUCUUGAGUUUGGUUUUUUUUGUGUCCUGAACCUAGAGGCAGCCGCGUCUCUUUCCCACGAGACGUCGAGACCAGGAGAUAACUGUAGGGUAGAGUUCACCUCCAGAAAUGGCUCCAAACUUCUCCAAGGACGUACAUUUAAGUCAUCUCUCAAUGUGAAAGUCCGUUCAUAAGAAAUUGAGAUUUCCAAGAUAAGCUUCCUAGGAAAGUUUUCUUUAGAAGAGAUCCGGCUUCUUUCAUCAAAACCCGCCGGUCAAAUGACCUUUUAUGACCAUAUCAUGAACUUGGAGAACAUGCGCAAGCACUCUACAACGAAUACAGGGAAACUAUUAUAAUGCACACAUAUCAUGUAUCUUACGUCCGAUCCGUUUCUUAAUCUGUGUAUUCUGAUUGGAUUCCAAAUUGGCCAUUAGAAUGAUUAUGUGGGGGAGGGGCAGUUCUCCGCUAUUGCCACCAUCACUGUCUACCAAGAAGUUGCUACUGUGUAUUCACUGUUCAUCUGAAUGGACCCGCACUUCAUUGUCCAGUAGCCGUCUUGCGCGAGUAUACAGACACUUCACA